UGAAUAAUUAAUGGGAGGGUCUAGUUCACAUAACAAGUUUAAUUUGUCCAAUCACCAAAUCCUUGACAGAUUAAUAGUUUUAACCAAAGUAGGAGAUUAUGAAGAGUUCAUUGAUGUCUUACAAGAUGCCACACAAGGAAAGCCAGGCAAAAUAGAUGACAUCCAGAAAGAAUUAAAAGAAAAGCAUGAGUUUGAUUUGCCUAAAGAGGUUUGAAAAUAUGGAAAUUAUGAGAUUUACAAAUAUCUUAAAGAGAAAUCUCCCUCAUCAUUUAACUUUGGCUUAGACCAAUUUGAUGCUAAAGGGGAUGGUGUCAACUGAAUCCAUCUUGCAGUAAAGAACAAUCAGAGAGAAUUUAUAGAAUUAUUAUCACCAUCAAAAGAAGAAAUCAACCAGAAGACCAAAGAGAAGGGAGAGACUCCUCUCUUCUUCUCUUUAAAGUACAUCAGAGAUGCUGAUCAAAAGAAAUUGAUGCUACAAAGCUUGAAAGAGCUAGGAGCAGAUCCUCAUAUCAAGAACGAUGAUGGGCUUCUAGCUCAUCAAGCUUAUGAGGAUGAAUAUUAUAAUAUUUUCAAACCAAAUUUGAAAAGAUCAAAGCUUGGCCAUAUGUUUGAAUUAACUAACUUAACAACCUCUUCAGAGCCUGCUGAAAUAAAGGAGGCUAUAUUUAACAAUUGGAGAGAAUUUAUCUCUCAAGGGUCUCCUUCAGACCGUAUUGAGGAAGAUCUUUCCUUUGCUAUCUCAGAGAAGGAAAGAAUCCUCAGAAAAUUCAACAAUGUACAGGGCACAGAUCCGCUUGAUGCUCACAAGACUUAUAACUCAGAGGACUCUCUCAGAAUUCAACUGAAGAGGAAGCAGUUGGAGGUGAUCUCUCGAGAUAUUCUACGCUCAUUUGAUAAAUAUCACUAGUCUUUAUCUUUCAAUAUCA